AUAUGUGUUUACAUAGCAAUAUAAACAACGAUCAACUCUACUGACAAGUACACGCUCUGAGUAACAAAAAUUGUACACAAGUUGCUCAAUAAACGUAAAGUGAUUAGUAAAUAAUUUUACACACAUACAUACCUACUUACAACACAUAUACGUACAUAUAUGAUACAAUAAAAACAGCUUAUCAUGCGGCUUCCAAUGCUCAGUAUGUUCUCGGCUCUACGCCAAACAGCAUUCCAACAAGCUCAACACAGCGCCGCCACACCUUUGCUGCUCCAGAAAUAUCUUAGGAAAUAUAGCAGUGAUAAUAAUAUCAACGCAAAAAUGGUGGCUCCCACACCUUUUUCCAAAGACUUCUUCUUCCGGCAGCUCUUUGACGAAACCAGCUGCACUUACACUUACCUUUUGGCCGACUUGAAUACGAAGGAAGCCGUUUUGAUUGAUCCGGUAUUGGAAAAGGCAAAGCGUGAUGCAAAUCUUGUUACGGAACUAGGAUUUACGCUUAAAUAUGCUUUGAACACACACAUGCACGCGGAUCACAUAACAGGCAGCGGUUGGCUGAAGCAAUUGUUGCCCGGCAGUAAAUCGAUCAUUGCCAAAGCGAGUGGUGCAAAGGCGGAUAUACAUCUCAACGAAGGUGAUCCGGUCAGUUUUGGACGCCAUCGCAUUGAUACAUUAGCCACACCUGGACACACCAAUGGUUGUAUGUCAUUUGUCAUACACGAACAGGGUUGCGUCUUCACCGGUGACACGGUGCUGAUACGCGGUUGUGGACGUACAGAUUUCCAGGAAGGCGAUGCGGGGCAUCUAUACGAUAAUGUACAUAGUAAAAUAUUUACACUGCCGGAGAAUUUCCGCCUAUAUCCAGCACAUGAUUAUAAAGGCACUAUGGAGAGCAGCGUUUGGGAGGAGAAAACUUACAAUCCACGCCUGACGAAAACUAAACAAGAAUUUAUUGAAAUCAUGAACAAUUUAAAUUUGCCUUAUCCCAAGAAGAUCGAUGUUUCCCUUCCAGCGAAUCGCGAAUGUGGUGUAUAUGAUAUUCCAAAAGAAUAAGAUUCUCCCCGUUCUUUUCCAGAAAAAUCAG